GCCAGAAAAGGAAGAUUGGGGAUGAAAUGUGUAAACUGAAAAAAGAAAGAGGACUAGAAAUUUGUAGGAGCCCUCUUUCUGUAAAGAAAUGGCCGUUGUGAUUGUAUUCUUUUGAUGCACCAGAAUCAGAGCCAGACCAGACCCAGAAUUGGGCCACCAUUCUCACAACGGCUACUUCUUCUUCAAUCUCGUUCCUUCUUUCUCCCUAUAAAUGCUUACCAAUUUCAAAGCUUGCACUUCACUCCACUCCACCAGAAUCAGGAACCCUCUCUGCACACUCUCCCUUUCAGAAGCAACAGCCAGCACUUACUUGCUACACUGCUCGUCUCUAUUUCACCACCUCAAUGGCCGCCUCUCGCACAGCUCUUCUCUUCUUCUCUUCUUCAUAUCUGCUCCUCUGCCUCCUCUGCUUCUGCGCAGAAGCCAAAGAGAUAACAGUCGGGGGCAAGUCGGACGGCUGGACCAUCCCAACCUCCGAGUCCGAUUCCCUCAACAAAUGGGCUCAACGCACUCGCUUCCGCAUCGGCGAUUCUCUCGUGUGGAAGUAUGAUGGGACCAAGGAUUCGGUGCUGGAAGUGUCGAAGAAAGCUUACCUCGCCUGCAACGUCACCGACCCCAUCGCGGAGUACAAAGACGGGAACACCAAGGUGAAGCUGGAGAGAGCCGGCGCGCACUACUUCAUCAGCGGAGCUGAUGGACAUUGCAAGGAAGGUCAGAAGGUGAUCAUCGUCGUCUUGUCUCCCAGAACUGCUGCUGCUGCUGCGUCUCCUGGUUUUGCUCCUGCUCCUUCACCUGGUUCUGCAGAAGAAGACCAGCCGCAGCAGGUUAUGUCUCCUGCUGUUGCGCCCACGACUGGUGCAGCAGCAGCUUCGUCCAGCUUCGGUCUUGUUGCUUGCUUGGGUUCCCUACUGCUGCUUCUCCAGUGCUUCCUGUUUUGAUUCCUCUCGGAAUGAUGGGUGAUGGUUUCUUAGUUUCAGCCCCAGAAUGUCAUGUUUCUUGUGGGAGGGAAGUUAAUUAUUAUUCUUUUGAUUCAUUUGUACUAAAUGAAAGUCCAUAUCUUUCUUGUUCUCUGCUCCUUUUCAAGCAAUGAUCUUGAGAUUCCCUUGGUUUCAAACUGCAACUUCAAAGCUAACCAAUCCUUAAGAAACGCUUCAAAGAUCAUCAAACAUCUUAUCAUGCUGAAUACAAGCUUGAUAGCUGGCCUGCAAGGCCAUUUUAGAAGUCAAGUCAAUUGUUUGAGUAAACCUAGAGCUUGCUU